AUGAGCUCGUCUUCAUCACUAUCAACAAUCAAUGAACUGCUCGCCGGAAGCGUUGCAGGUGCUGCCCAAGUCAUCGUCGGUCAGCCCCUCGACACCGUCAAGACGCGUGCACAGAUAGCUCCCAGUUCAAAAGGGCCCAUGGAUAUUCUCAUACAGACUGUACGAAAGGAGGGCUUUUUCGCGCUCUACAAAGGUAUGGCUAGUCCUCUGUUCGGUAUCGCUGGAGUCAAUUCGCUUCUAUUCGCCUCUUACGGCGUAUCGCGUCGGAUAAUCUCACCCUAUCCUCAACUAAGUCUACCUCAGAUUGCUCUGGCAGGGAGUAUGGCUGGAGCUGCUAAUGCCAUAUUAGCAAGUCCAGUGGAAAUGUUCAAGGUUCUCAUGCAGGGCCAGUAUGGUAGCACAACUGACAGGCGCUUAAGAAGAGUUGUCAGUGACCAGUGGUCGCAAUGGGGUUUCAGGAAGGGUAUCAUGCGUGGUUACUGGAUAACCGUGGCUCGAGAGAUACCGGCAUACGCUGGGAAAUUUACAUCCGCUUACGGUAGAGAUUUACCUGUAUGGGCAUUGCUGGCCAGUGGGUCAACCGGAGGCAUCUCUUAUUGGCUGGCUUGUUACCCACUCGAUGUCAUCAAAUCCCGUGUACAACUGAGGCCUACGCCGCCGUCAGGGACACCAGUACAGUAUAUUGCGCAUGAGGGUAGAGCCAUACUUGCGGAGUCUGGCCUAUCGUCUUCUUUCUCCAGCAUUCCGGCGGCAGCGGCUACCUUUGCUGCAUUCGAAUUGACCAGAGAAUAUCUAACCGAAUUGACAGGCGUCUGA